UGGAACGCGAAGCGACAGCACAAACUCAAGCAAAAAUUAUAUACCAUUGUUAUACUUACAAGUUAUAACUUUAUAAUAUUUAUUUUGUUGCAGCUGGGUUAUCGUAAAUUAAAGAAAUCUAUUGUAUAUACAUGUAUAUAGAAUUAUAAUAUUUGCUAUAUAAAGUCUGAUUUUCGUUAAAGUACGGUUCACCAAACACGAAUAAUCAUAUUAUAACUGAUGAAUAUUUAUUUUUAUUAUUUCUUGCUACCUAUUAAAAACAGAAAAUAUUGUUAAAUAAACAAUAAUAACUAAAAACAUUCCAAAUAUAAUAAAGAAACCUCUAUGUAUGUACUACAUUUGUAGUUUUUAAUCUCAAAAUAUUUGAAUCACUUCGUUUUACGCGCUUAAAAUAUAAUGGGCCAACAUAACCCUAAAUCAAGUGAACUGUGUAUUAUGAUUUGAACUCGCGGUGCUAAUUAUUUGCGUAUACUCACUAUCAAGUAAUAUGUUGUAGAGUGAGGUGUUAAAAAUUUUUUAAAUAUUUUUUUAUUUUUUGCUGCAUCCUGUGAUAAUUGAAAAAAGAAAAUACAAAUUUUUGAAGUGUUUAUUAACAAGUCUCCCGUUAUUUUAGUAUGGAUUUUAUGGUAAAAAGAUUGAUAACAUUAUCUGUGACAAUAAGAAAUUUAGCAUUUUCACAAGCUCAACGAGUUAAUAUAUCAAGAUUUUGUAACACAUCCCAACUUCAUAAAGAUGAAGUUAAUCGAUGUAAUUUGAAAGCUCAGAAGGAAGACUUGAUGCUGAAAACUCUACGCCAAGGUCUUAGUCCUUCUAAUCUCCUAAAUUACAUUGAUUCCAACAAGGAUCAAAUUAGGCGAGAACAUGUCAUUGCUGCACUAUCCUCAUUGCAUUAUUUUUAUCGAGAUAAGUGUCAGAUUACCACAAACUUGGAUGAACAGAUAGAUUUUACUAAGUUAUGCAACUGUUUACAACCACAAAUAAAACAGUUAACACCAAACGAAGUUAUUGAAGCUCUAAAUAUACUUCAACUUUUGAAUGUACCAAGUUCAAAUAUAUUCGUUAUGACUCUUCUACAACACAUAGAAGAGUAUAUGAAAGACCUAUCUUUCCAGGAUAUGUAUAAAUUGUCAACUGUACUUGUUCAAUUUUCACCAACAAAUUUCAUCAAGUCGAUUGAAUCUUCCAUUAAGAGUCAAUGUUUCGCCAAGAUUUCACAGUUAGAUAAAAGUGAUAUAAGUACACUAAUUUAUGCAUUAUGUUUUGCUUCCAAAAAUGUUCAAGAUAAAGCUAUUUUAAAUUUUCUAUCUGAUGCGGUAGAAAAUUAUAAGGAAAAAAUUGAACUCAAAGAUGCUCUUCAUAUUUUAAAAUCGCUUUGCUAUACCAAUGACCUUCCAUAUAAAUUUACAAGUAUCAUAGAACGUGUACAAAAAAUUAUUAUUGAAAAUAUUGAUGAGCUGAAUCCAAAUCAAAUUUUACAAAUAAUAAAAGACGUUUCUUUCAAAAUUAGUACCAAUCACGAUGAAUUUUACAAUGAAACGUUCAUUGAUGAACUAGUUCAAAAAGUGAUAUAUGAAAACUGGGAUUUUACACAAGGAAGCGAUAUUCUUUCUUGUUUAAAUUUUAUUCGUCAUGUACAGAUAGAUCUUUUAGAUUAUUUAUCUGCUAAAUGCUAUGAAGAUCCUAAUGUUUUUAAUGAGGAGUCAAAUGUGAUACAACCUUUAGUCACAGGAUUGGCAUUAGCUGAUUACAAACCAGUAUUUUGGGAUGUUAUGAAGCAACCUAUUUUAAGUCAAGAAAUCUCUAAAAUGGAACAUUUAAAAUUAUGCUACUUUGCCUUGCAUCUAGCAUGUUUGGAGUGUUUUGAACCAAUGCUUUUGAAAGAAGCAUUUUCCACAAAACACAUAAUCUCUGAAGAACAUCAGCAAAUCAUAUUAAGACUGUAUCAGAUAAUAAAAAUACUCUGUCCUUCUUAUGGUGGUCCAUGGCCAUCAAAAGAUCUCCUUGACUUAUUCAAAAAUUCACAAUUAAAUAAAGACUAUCCACUUUUACCUGCUCUGGAACAAGCAAUAGGAGGAAAUGUUUAUAUUAAAACGAAUGUCAGAACAACAAUGGAGCAUUACAUUGAUCAUGUGGUGAUACUAAAUAGAAGUGGCUAUCCUAUUGCUAUUAAUUCCUAUGGAAGUAUUAAAACCAAGUGCCAUAACAAUGGUAUUACUUAUUUAGAAGAUUUAACUAUUCCACCUGAUAGUCAAAUAUACCUAAUUCUUUACGCACAACCUGAAUGGUAUGCCAGAAAUACUCAACGAAUGUUAGGACCGUAUUCCUUGUUCAUAAGGACAUUGGAAUCAAUGUCUUAUACUGUUAUUCCAGUAAACGGAAAAAUGUGGGAAAAAAUGCCAGAAAACGAAAAGACUUUAUACAUAAUGCAGGCCAUUAAACUUAAAUUUGAAGAUGAUACAAUCUCUACUACCUCUUAACAGACUAAAUUAAGUCCCUUGAAAAUGCUCACCAUUAUAAAUUUUGAUAGAGUUAUUGCAUAUGUAUUUUGUGAAGCAUUUAGAAAUGAAACUCAUGAGUUUGAGCUUUUAAUAAUUAUAUAAGAAUGCAAAGUUUAAAUAAAAAAGUUAUAUUUUGUACAGACUGGUUUUGAAAAGUUAAAAAAAGAUUGUUUUUGAUUAUAUAAUAAUUUAUUCUUAUGAAAAUAGGCAAUAUGUCAACAAUAAAAUAUACACAUUUUUAUCGCA